GAUUUGUCUAUUCGUAGGACGUCUACGCGGAUACUGCCGUGCUGCCACAGCCUACUACGCACUGUUGCACAAUGCGAUAUUGUUCUGUGGGGUAGUGCUUUGAAGGGUGCCAUUAGUUAGAAAGAAUAACCAAGGUUUGAGUGGUGCAGUGUUGUGUGUUUGUUGGAAAUAAAUGGGAAAUAGAUAGUGGUACGAUUUGAUUGUUGAGAAACUGGUGCAUUUCAUUGACCGAAGAAAGCCCAAAUUGCGUGGUUUAGGUGUACCGACGAGGGGUACAGCAGAUGAGCAGAAGAGUUGGUGAGAGAAGUUUCAGCCGCUGAAGGAAAAACGUGAAGCAAUUUUCUCCGCUGGUGUGGAUGACAGAAGAAAAACCUCCGAGAGACUUGUCGAGCCCAGAGGCAUUCGCAGAUUGUAGUGACAAGUCGUUCCGGAGUCGGUUCGCGAUUGUUAAGUUUUCGUGUGAUGUUUUGAUUCGUGUCAAAGUGUGUAAUCUGUUUGCAUUGAUUUAUUGCUAGUGUCAAUAAGGGGCAAGUGUUAUGUACAUGGGUCGAAAAAGCAUCCAUCUCUCAGGUGAUUGUUGCUUGUGUCAAUAGUGUGUCAAACGAAGAAGACGAAGAAUAGCGGUUCAGAUUGUGGCAGUGUCCAAACAGCAGUCCCGUGGUUGCGAAAAGAAUUAUUGAUCUGGCCACCGCACCGGAGUACGGGAGCACCAGCAGACAGGAGAGUGAGAAGUAGAAUAUUGUGUCGUGUCGUGUGCUUCCGACAGCGACGAUUCCGAACCCGGAGUGUGGGUCGUCGUGUGUUCUCUGAGCCCGAGCGACCGUUUUUGGGAUUAUCGAUCCUGCUGGUGUGCUAGUAACUCCCAUAUGGAUUAGCAAGUUUCACUAGCAACAGCAGCAGCCACCGAAGCAGUUCAUUUACGUGCAUCGCUAGUAAAUAAAUGUUUCCCCCAUAGAACCACGCUGCGCUCCGUGUGCUACCUCCGUGGAGCCCGCGCUGGAGAGGAGUGCUUCGCCCCGAGCAAUGUCCGAUGAAACUCCUCCCCGCCGUCUGUCCCAAAUCUUCGACCCGCUGACGAGCCUCAGUGACCUCGAGCAGAUCCAGCAGCAAAUCCAGCAACACCAGCAACAUCUGCUCCAGCAUCAACAGCAGCAGCAACAGCAACAGAACCACCACAAGUAUGGCGUCGUCCACGGCGGUGGCCCAUCGAACUCGUCCUCAACGUCGACGCUGCUCCAGCAUCACAUGUCGUCCGGGGCUUACAGUUACAACACGGCUUCCUCGUCAACAUCGCUAUCAUCGGCAUCGAAUCAAAGUGCCAAGAUGAGCUCGAGCAGCUCGACCAGCAGCUACGUCGGGGGUCCCCCGCCUGGGUUGAACCGGAUUGUUAUGGGUUCCCGGUCAACGCCCAACAGCCCCCGACUGAUGGCUCGUCGUGGCGGAGGGGGAGGUCCGGGACCUAGUUCCGGUGGAGGAGGGAGCAGCAGCCGGCCACCGAUGAUUCCUCCAAGGGUGGCACCGCCGAAUGCCAGCAUGAUCGCCAAUCCGUCGCUGGCGGCCCUCGAUUCGGACGCACCGUGGCCGGCGUUCUCCAGCCUUACCGAUAAUCUGGACGUGCACCAGGUCAACAACUACAGCCAGGGACUUCCUGAGAUUAAUUGGCAGGAACGGUGCCUGGAACUGCAGCUCGAGCUGCAUCGGUCGCGGAAUCAGGCCGGGCGUGUUCGCGAUAUGCUGCGAGAAAAGCUUUCGGAGCUCGAACAGAGGGUCAUCGAGGCCGAGGAGCGCGCGGAUGAAGCCGAAGACAAGGUCCGGGCCAUGGAGCAACGACUGUGUGACUGGCCCAAGUCACAAGCAAUAACAGGGCCAGCCGGAAGUGCGAGCACAAGCACGAGUGGCGGCGGCGUAGGUGCCAGCAGUAGUGGCAGCGCCAAACCGUCCGGAAGUGGCACGGAACCUCCGGCCAAAAUCGUCCAGCUCGAAACAGCCGUCGAGGAGCAGAAACAGCUGCGACUGCAGGACGCCCGCCAGGUUGGAGCGAAAGCGGCGAAGAUUAAGGAGUGGGUCACGAACAAACUCCGCGAGCUUGAAGAGCAGAACCAGCUGCUACGGGAGCAGAACAUCAAGUGCAAUCAACAGUUAGAGCUAUUAAGGAACCACAUCGCCACCCAAAGCAGUAGACAUAGUAUACAGCAACCGGUUAGAUCUAGUUUAAGCUUAGACGUACAGGACUAUAAGCGACGCAGCGGCCGGCGGCGGAGCGAAUCGUUGGAUCCCCCGGAGCACCGGUCCCUGCUGGCGUCGUCUACGGUGCACCAUCACCGGCGGAACCUCUCGAUGGAACCUCAGGAAUUAGCUAGAGAUUUAGCGGCCGCCGUCGACGGCCUUAGCCUCACGCCCCUUAAUGCGGGUGGUGGAGCGGGAGCUGGUGGAAGUGGCCAUCAUCACCACAACCACCAUCACCACCACGCACAUCCUCAUCCGCACCCUCACCAGCCGAGUCCCACGUCAGACGUGGACGCCGCGCACGACUACGCGGAGAUUUAUACGCCCUCGCGGGAGAAGGCGCCCACGUGGUUGAAGGGCCUGCCCAGUGGGGGCUCCAGUACGACCACCUCGGACUCGGUUGCCGAUCUGGGAGGGACGGCACGUCCGCCGACACCUCCACUGCACCGGUUUCCCAGCUGGGAGGCCAAAAUUUACCAGGUGGCCAACGAUGGCCUCGCCGGGGACGAGAACGAAUCUCAGGACCAGGAGUCCGGCUCCGGCAUGACGUCCAGCGUCGGAGUCAACUCCCGCUCGCAGACCGUGUCCGGUGGAUACUGUGAUAUUAGUGUACCGGUUUACGCCACCGUUAAAGGGCGUGCCUCCCAGAUCCGGUCGAUGCCGUUUACGGGCGACUCCAGCGACGACAGCAGCGACGGCGAGGAUCAUGGUGCCAUCAUGACAUGUGCCACGUCCACCCACAACUCGCACAACUCGACCAGCACGGACAACACCGAGACGAGCACGUCCGGCAGUGCCUCUAGUCCCUCGAAGAGUCUCAAAACCUCCUCUAGUCUGAGCCCGGCCAAGCGGUCCGGCUCCGAAAGUCCAAAGAACAAAACGCGAGAAAUGUCCUUUGAAUCAGGGCUUUCGGACGAUUACGCGAUACCGCCGGACGCGGUCUCGACGGUGGAGAACACCUGCAUGGACGCGUCGAUGCCGUCCCUGCUGAUGCGCACCUCGUACGCCGAUUCCCCGAAGAAGAUGGAGACGCUCGAGAAGGUUGGUCACCUGGCCAAGCUCGGCGGCAAGCUGAAAACGUGGCGCAAGCGGUGGUUCGUGCUGAAAAACGGCCAGCUCACGUACUGGAAGAGCCAGCACGACGUGCACCGGAAGCCCCAGGGGACGAUCGCGCUGGACGAGGCCUGCCGGAUAAACCGGGCCGAGGGCGCGUCCACGUUCGAGAUCGACACCGGCAAGAAGGUGUACUACCUGACGGCCGACUCGAACGCCACCAUGGACGACUGGAUCCGGGUGCUGCAGAACGUGCAGCGGCGGAACGCCACCAAGCUGCUGCUCAGCCGGGACGACCAGAAGCCGACGGUGCAGGGCUGGGUCACGAAGGUGAAGAACGGGCACGCGAAAAAGUGCUGGUGCGUCCUGCUGGGCAAGAUGUUCCUGUACUUUAAGGCGCCCGGGGAAACGAACCCACUGGGACAGAUCAACAUGCGGGACGCCCGGGUCGACGAGGUGGAACACGUGUCCGAUUCCGACUCGGAGGAGCGCGAAGAUCAGGCGCAGAGCCAGGCGCGGCUUACCGUGGCCAUCUAUCCCCAGCACCAGGGAGUGGGUCCGACGUAUCUAAUCCUGCCGGGCAAGCAGGAACGGGACAACUGGUUGUACCAUCUGACGGUCGUAUCUGGUGGAGGUCCCAACGCUGGAACGCAGUACGAACAGCUCAUCCAGAAGCUGAUGGAAACCGACGGCGAUCCGAACUGCGUCCUGUGGCGACAUCCGAUCCUGCUCCACACCAAGGACAACAUAACCUCACCCCUCACUUCACUACAUUCCGAGACGCUGCAGUCGGAAGCGAUCAAGCUGUUCAAGAGUUGCCAACUGUUCAUGUCGGUGGCGGUGAACCAGCCCGGCAUCGACUACCACGUCGUGCUGGCCCAGAACGCGCUCCAGCAAGCGCUGGACAUGGUGGAGCUCCAGUCGGAGCUGAUCUGCACGCUGGUGAAGCAAACGUCGCGCCACACCGGCCAGAAGCUCGGCGUGGGGGUCCAGGUAAACAAGAAACUGGGCAUUCCGGCUCGUCAAUUGCUACUUUGUGCAACGCAGAGUUUAUUCACUUGCGAUACGCAACAAGGCAAUUCCACCCAAGCGAAUGGGAGCUCCCCAACUUCCAUUCAGGCUCCUACGGUUCCGCCCAUCGACUGCAAGUCCAACCCGCCCGCCUACACCUUCAUCCAGGGCUGGCAGCUGCUGUCGCUCGCCGUGUCGCUGUUUGUGCCAAAGAAUAGUCGCCUCCUGUGGUACCUCAAGCUGCACCUGUCGCGGAACGCCGACUCCAAGACCGAGUGCGGCAAGUACGCGGCCUACUGCGAACGGGCACUCGAGCGCACCAUGCAAAACGGUGGCCGCGAAACGAAACCCUCACGGAUGGAGGUGUUGUCGAUUCUGCUCAAGAACCCGUACCACCACUCGCUGCCGCACGCCAUUCCGGUGCACAUGAUGAACUCGACCUACCAGGUGGUGUCCUUCGAUGGGUCCUCCACGAUCGAGGAGUUUCACUCGACGCUGGCGCAGGAGAUUGGCUGCCGGGACGGGACGAACGGGUUUACGUUGUUUAGUGACGAUCCGAUCGAGAAAGACCUGGAGCACUACCUGGACCCGCAAGCGAAGCUCUGUGACGUCAUUUCCAAGUGGGAGACGGCACUGCGCGAGAAGGGUUCGGGCAAGUUUGAAAACUCGCGCGUCAUCCAGCUGACGUACAAGAACCGGCUGUACUGGAAGCACGCGGCCAAGCUGGAGACGGAGAAGGAGAGGCUGCUGCUGUGCUAUCAGAUCAAUCAGCAAGUUGUCCAGGGUCGCUUCCCGCUGUCGCGCGACUUGGCCCUCGAGCUCUCCUCGUUGAUGGCGCAGAUCGACAUGGGUGACUUUGCGGCGGACAAGGCCAAGACGGUCUCGCUGCAGGCGUUGGACAAGUUCUACCCGUACCGGUACCGGGACGCGUUGACGGCGGACGGCCUGAAGGAGCUUCAGGAGCUGCUGGCGAGCAAGUGGUCUCUGUUGAAGGGUCGUUCCGUGGUGGAUUGCGUGAGGAUCUAUUUGACGUGCGCCCGCAAGUGGCCGUUCUUUGGGGCUACGCUGUUCCAGGCGAAACCGCGACAUUCCGACCAGGCGAUGGCGUGGCUGGCCGUUUCGGAGGAUGCGCUGAGCGUGCUGGAGCUGUCCUCGAUGGGUUCGAUCGCGCGCUAUCCGUACAGCUCGGUGAUGACGUUCGGGGGUUGUCAAGACGAUUUCAUGCUGGUUGUUAGUGCGGAGGACACUCUGGCCGGGAGUCCCGAACAGAAGCUGCUGUUUGCGAUGAGCAAGCCCAAGAUAUUGGAGAUUACACUGCUGAUUGCGGACUACAUGAACGCGCUGGGUCACACCCUGCCGGGGACGCCCCAGAUGAACACGCUCACGCGGAAUGGGAGCCAUCGAAGUAUUAGAUCGCGCGCCAUGCCGGGCUCGUGCACCGGAACGCCGGCCCACAACACGCUCAACUCGUCGUCGCAUGCCAACACGAUCAACACGCACGCCCACAACACGCUCACGUCCCACUCGCACACGCUCAACUCCCACGUCAGCCACACGCUCAGCUCGCACGGCCAGCCGGACAUCCUGAAGAGCACGCCGGACCACCAGCGGCGUUAGACUUUUUUAGGACUUUUGUUUUAUUGUGUUGACUCAUUUCUCGAAAGUUUGAUAUUAUUUCUUUUUCAAAUUAAGUGAAUGCUACCAAACUAACUUUCUUCUUUCUUGUUGUGUAAAUACAAAUUAAAUGAAUAAGUUAAGCGUAAUUUGUCAGUGCAAACGCUAAGUCAAAUCUCGAUCGAUUUAGGACGAUGCAUCUUUUGAGUGCUCUAAUUUAGAUUUAAAGCCUAAUUUCAUUCGUACUCUUUUUCCCUUUAAAAAAAAUCUAUUCACGAUGUAAAUACUAGAGAAGCUCUUACCAAAACUAACAGAAAACAAAAACUCUCUUCUUCCUAGAAGAAUAAGUCAAAAUAAACGACAGUUUGAACGUGUUUUGUGCGUAAAAUGUAUGUUAAAAAACAGUAGGUACUGACAAAAAAGUGAAUGAAACAGGAAACAUUAUACCGCGGAGAGAAGCGAGGGAAAUUUUUAGAAAACCAAUGUGAUUUUUAUGCAAAAACUAUAUUUAAACAAUAAAACUAUACCACAAACCAGCAAAACGAAUACCAGUGUAAUCGAGCAAAACCAAAACGUUAACUAAUCUAUAUUAGAGCCACACAUACGCUACUUUAUUGCUGCAACCGAAACCGGAACAAAAACAAAAAUAUAUACACUACAACAAAAUCGUUUAGUCGCGCUAUAAUCGAUUAGAGCAGAAAAGCAAACAAAACAAAGAAACGCAACAGUCGCCAUAUAAUCGUAACAGAAAAAAAAACUUGUUUUGAUUUUUUUUACUUUUCAUUGUGAGUAGAGAGGAUGCGUGUGUGUUUUGGGUUUUUUUUCAAAUUCUCGAAAAAAUGGAAAACUCUGUAUAAUCGCCUCCUCCUAGUGUGUGUUGAAGAAACCAAAAUUGGAAGUAAAAAAUCUAGUGUGAAUGUACGAGUACGAAUGCUAACCGUGCGUGCGGCGAGACCGUCGGAGGUCGUCGUCGAUUGCGAUUAACCCAGAAAUCAAAUCAAAGAGAUUGAAAAUGAUGGAUAGAGGGAGAGAGAGAAUAAAACAUCGAUAAUUGUUUA